GCGCGGGAGUUGAGCAGUGUGGCAGGAGAACAGAGACUGAGAGAGAGUGAAAGAGGCAGAGAGAGGGAAGGAAGGAAAGAAGGAAGGAGAGAAAGAAGGGAGGAACUGAGACAUGGAGACAGAGGAAAGCUUCGACACAGAGGGCAGUUUUGACGAUGCGUCUUGUCUGUCCCCACAGAGCCCCGGCUCGCUCUCCCCGGCCAGGAGACAGAACAAGGAGAGGGAAAUCAAGGAGACUAAAACCACUAUCAACUUCGUCACUUUCCCACUGCCCCAUUCCACGCCUGAGCAGCAACUCCUCAAACCCAAUGAGUGGAGCUACUGCGACUAUUUCUGGGCUGAUAAGAAGGACCCUCAAGGGACCACCACAGUGUCAGGCUUCGAGGUUCUGUUGCAGAAGCAGCUGAAGGGCAAGCAGAUGCAGAAAGAGAUGGCUGAGUUCAUCAGAGAAAGAAUAAAGAUUGAAGAAGAGUACGCCAAGAACCUCUCCAAGCUCUCCCAGAUCCCACUGGCAGCGCAAGAGGAAGGGACUCUUGGAGAGGCUUGGGCUCAGUUGAAGAAGAGUCUUGCUGAUGAAGCAGAGGUUCAUCUUAAAUUCUCCUCAAAGCUCCAGAGUGAGGUGGAGAAGCCACUGCUCACAUUCAGAGGAGACAACUUUAAGAAGGACAUGAAGAAAUAUGACCACCACAUCGCCGACCUGAGAAAACAACUGGUCAGUCGCUAUGCGGCCGUAGAGAAGGCCCGUAAGGCUCUUGCGGACAGACAGAAGGACUUGGAGGUGAAGACGCAGCAGCUGGAGAUCAAGCUGAGCAACAAGACAGAGGAGGACAUCAAGAAGGCCCGGCGGAAAUCCACACAAGCAGGUGAUGACCUUAUGCGCUGUGUGGACCUCUACAAUCAGGCCCAGUCCAAGUGGUUUGAGGAGAUGGUUACGACAAGUUUGGAGUUGGAGAGGCUUGAGGUGGAGAGGGUGGAGAUGAUUCAGCAGCACCUCCGUCAGUACACUACUCUGCGCCGUGAGACAGACAUGUUCAACCAAAGUACACUGGAGCCAGUGGACCAGCUCCUCCAGAGUGUGGACCCAGCCAAAGACAGAGAGCUGUGGGUGCGGGAGCACAAGACAGGAGAUAUGAGACCUGUGGACAUGGACAUCUAAAGGACACAGACCUCAGAACAGCAGAAACACACACACACACACUACACCCAAACUAUCCAAGUCUACCUGUCUGUCUAUCUGUCUACCACAGUACUCCAAGUUCUCGGCCAAAGCCAUACAGAUCUAUCUCUUGAACCACCAUUUGAAUUGCCCCAUAGGUUUCUAUGGACAUAUAUAGGACAGAUCAGUGGCGGAGUGCAUUAACAUCCUCUACACAGCACCAUGUACUUUGUUGCCUGAAUAUGAAGCCACUAGUACUGAUCAACACGUAAUGAUCUCUGUAUUUCAGUAACAGUUUAUAUCUGAUAAUAGUGUAGGUAUAACUGCUUGUGCUUAGAACAAGCACAGUACAGUGAGUUUGUUGAAAAUUGAGUUUGUUUCAGUUAAGUUCAGUCAGGCACAUAACCGUCAUUUUAAUUAUACACACAUAAACACUUCACAGACGCAUAUAUUUGCAUAGUCUUGAAAAUGGAAGCAUACAUAAUUAUUUCUGUAGAACUUAAAAGUAACUUAUAAGUCACCCAUCUUGAUGUUCAAAACUGCUCUCAACAUGAAGACUAGCUGCACUUUGAGAAAAACAGCAGUCUUGAUCUAAAUAACCAGCAUGAUCCCUCAACAUUUGUAAAGUUUGUGGAAAAAAAUAUUCUACUAAUAUUCUAUUCUAUAGCGUCAUUAUAUAGUUAGAUUGUUAAAUCUGUAUUGUAGUCAAAAAAGAUUUUAUUGCAAUGAGGAAUGCAACAAAGUUUUUACUACAUUCACAAUCAACGUACAGCUAGAACACGAACUCUUGGUAAAAAUUUCAGCCUUCCUGACAAAUGAAAAUCCUCAGCAAAAUGCAUUAUCUAAGUAUGGAUAUGAUAUAUUUUCAUAUUUUUGCAGAUUUGUUUUUGCAGAGAAGCAUGCGGUUCUCAAAAAUGCAGAAUCUCAGUGAUGAAUAGUUCUAUUUCGUCUAUGAAAAGAUAUUUGUGUAAUAUAAAAAACAUGAAAACUGCCUUGACACUGGCAUUCAGUCCAUUGACUAUGUUCAUAGAGUCUGUCUCAACAAAAUACUGCACUCAUAAGCCCGAUCGUAUGAUUUCUCCUCAAGCGAAGCCAAGAAACCUCUUUAUGCAGAACAUAAUCAGCCCUGUGCAGCAUCCCAAUCUCAUCCCGCUUCCAUUCCAAGUUCAAUUGUAGGAGUUAUCAGAGCAUGUAUCAAAGGUGAAAUUAUAUGGCUGAGCUCUAGUCUUAGCGUAAAUCUGAGGUGGAUCAGAUGUGACUUUAUGAUCAUUUGUAUUGAUGUACACCUUUUAGUGCCUAAAGGUAAAUUGCCUUGGAAUGUCCAUUAUAUAUUCUGUUUAGUGUUUGUAUAUAGUUGUAAAUAUGUGUUUUUUUUUGGUUUUUUUUUUUGAGUCUGCAAAUGUCAUCAUAAGCACAUUCCACCAAGUGCUUGUCUCCUUGUGUCUUUCAGUUUGUACUGAAAUUCUAAUGCGUGUUUACAGAUUGAGAGCUUACUUAAACAUUUUUACCUUCAGAUCAGGUUACAGAAGGCAGCUGAACACAGGAUAAGUAAUUUGGAUCAAAUUGAUAAACUUAAUUUAAUAUUACUUUUCUCGAUGUUUACAUGCUAAUAAUAAUGAGGACUACAGAUUGGAUAUGAAGCACAUGGCAAUUCAAAGCACAGAAAAGCUGUUCCAACUUGUUUCAGAAAAAAAAAAUUCUAUUUCUAAAAAUGUUUUUUACUUUUUUACAACUACACCUUACACCAGAUGUGUUCAGGUGAGGAGGACCUGUUUAAAAAGGUGAAUGAUAUAGACUAUAAUCCAACACACAGUACUGUGCAAAAGUUAGAGCCCAUCCUUUCAUUAAUUUAACUUCCAGUCAAAAUUUUUAUUCUCUUUUUAGUCUGUUUAACAGAAAAUUAUGCUUUCAGUUUUUCAAAGACAUCUGCAGGGAUAUUUUUCCAUGCCUGCAAAGUUCAGUCUUAGAAGUUGGUUGCAUUUUCUGCUUUCCACUGUCUAAGUAAUUACGUACACAUUCAGUGGUGUUGAGCUCUGGGCUCUGCACAUCCUUUCAGACUUAUAGCUUGAGUUGUCUUCUCUCAGUGAAAAGAUGGACAGAAACACCUGUGGAUUUCUUUCAGAUCUAAAGCAAGAGUAGAGCUUGACUGAGACGAAAACUCUACUGUUCGUCUGAUGGUGACAGUUUUGUUGGUCUACCAGGUCUUGCAUGGUGGUUAGGAGUCCCAUUUCCUUAUAUCUUAAACAGUUUUUGAACUCCAGUUUUGGGAAGUCCUUCUUUUUAAUUGAUUUCCCUUUGACUUUCCUUAUCCUCUCUGCAAGCUGAUUAUCUUAUAUUUAAUCUUAUAUUUAAUAAAUACUUAAUGGAUGUUUUGACUAGAAAUGAACCCCUUAAAUGGCUAGGGCCCACUGGUGAGCCCUAGUUUUAUUAUACAUUUCUCUAACCCAAGAAUAGCUCAACCAGUUUACACUGAAGAUCCUGUAGUUACUGGAUAAUUAGCCUUAGUAUGUAAUAAGCCUGGUAUUUUAAAGGGGUUAAAUACAUAUAAAUGACGAGUGGGGUUUCUGGCUUUUGCACAGUAUUGUAGUCGACACUGUAAUAAACUAAACAAAACCAAACAAAAAACAGGCACAAAUCUCCAGUGGGUAGGCAAGCUGCUACUUUGGAGUGCAUUUAUUGGUGGUGUGCGUUACUCUCUUGUUGUAGAGCUAUAAAAUCAUGCAGGGAUUCUAGGCAUAAUGGGAUUGUAUGAGGAUGAUAUACAUUAAAAUCGCCUCACAUAAGGAACACAAAUAAAAAAUCAUUUUCAGGUAGUACACUGAACUUAUUUUUACUAAGGUUAUUUUCUACUAACGACCAUCCCUCUCUUGCUUAACAUUGGGUGUAGCUGGUUAACCUGUCUGCAGUUUCGCAUGUAACGGCCGUCUCGUUUCCCGAAUUACACGUGGCAUAAAUUGUGCUUAUACUUCACGUCAAUGAUGUGCAUUCUGUGUAUAAUGAGAAGUUGUUAAGUUGAAUGUCCUUGUGUGUAACUAAAUCCCUUUUAUAUGAUAUUGUAAUUGUUGUUUUAUCUGCUCUCAAGUUAAUGGUCCCCAUUAAUACGACAUGUUUAUGGAAUCGUCAUGUUUAUGUUCAGUAUGCCCAGGAAAUGACUACAGUGUCUAAAAUAAAUUAAAAAAAGAGA